GUUUUCUUAUGAUUUGUCUCGUUUACUCUUUAACUUUACCUUACAACCAUUAUCGUAAUUACAUACAUACUACUACCACCAAAGGAGGUAGGUAUAGAACAACGCCUUGCUACUGUUCGCCUCAGCGAAAACCCAAGUUCUCUAUAAACAGGAUUAGGAUUCCUCUUUCAAAGUUCUCAUUAAUUAUAUAUAUAUUUCUAAAAGAUAGCGAGGUUUUUAUUUUGAAACCGAGAAAACACCUAUUACUAUUUUGCUUCCUUUUGACCGUCCUUGGCAUUUUCCUUCUUAUCCCUCAAUUAUUUCCUGUUUCUAUUUGUUAGAGAAAAUUGCAUACUUUUCUUUGCUUAUUUUGUUGAAUUCAUGCUAUUUCCUUGAUUUCCAAUCCGCAUUUCCUCCCUCUCUUAAUCACUUCAUUUCGACUUCCUCUAUAGUUACAAAUAUUUUCUUUUUCUUUUCCAGAAAUCAUCAUAUUUAGUUCUUCAUUUUUUUGGUAUCGUCUCAUCCUCUUUCGUUUUCUCAUUUCCUUUUUUUCUUUUCAAAGUCACCGGCCAUGGUACGCCGAACUCGCAAGCUGUUUAUUGUGACAAUUUCUUUACUUACUUUUGUAUUUAUUUUUCUAAAGCUUUCUGCGUAUUGUCAAAAGUAUGUGUAUCUAUUACCUAAUGGAAAGGCCAGUACUUUGCAUUUAAAUUUACAAGAGAUGGAAGCUAGCUCAGGGUCUUCUACAUCUUCUCAAACGAAAUCGAAGAUACCUAAAAUUAUCCAUCAAAUUUGGAAAGACGAGAAUAUUCCUGAUAAGUGGUCUGUUUCUGUAAAUUCAUGCCGAACUCAACAUCCCGAAGAAGAUGGGUGGACAGUAAAACUAUGGACCGAUGAAAUGGCCCUAUCUUUUAUGGAAACAAAUUAUCAAUGGUUUAUGCCUAUCUAUCAUAGUUAUCCUUAUGACAUUCAACGAUUUGAUGCUGUUCGCUAUUUUAUUGUCUACCAUUACGGAGGCGUAUACAUGGAUUUGGAUGUAGGCUGUAAAAAGUCUAUGGAUCCUUUACUUGAUGAGGCCACCUUUCUGCUUCCUAUUACUGACCCAAUCGGUUACAGCAAUGACUGGUUUGCCGCUACUCCAAGACAUGCUUUUCUCUACAAAGUGAUUACUUCUCUGUCCAAGUUUAAUCACCGGUAUUUUACCAAAUACCCAACCGUUUUGCUGAGCACGGGUCCUUUGUUCUUUUCAUUUAUCUUUUGUCAGUAUUUGUCAGAGUCACACAGCAAAGUGCGAACGCUCCCCCCGGCUCUGUAUGGAAAUGGGCCCGUUUCCUUUUUCUCCCACGUUCACGGUAGUAGCUGGCAUGGGUCCGACGCAAGUGCAUAUUUUUGGAUGCAAAGCCAUAUAUUAUAUGUUUUCAUAAGUAUUUUUGUAUGUAUAUUGCUGCUGCUUUUUCUAUCUGUCAAAUUCUUUGCUGCUCAAAGAAGGAACAGAUCCAACCACCGACGAGAAAUGCAACAAGAACUUUACCCUUAGUUAUUUGACUACUCUGAACAGCAUAUUUUACAGAUAAUGAUAAAAAAGGACAUGUUGAUUAUCGAUAUAAAUAACGGAGACAGAGUAUAAUAUGAUGUAUAAGAUAAAAUGUUCACAAGUACUAAUUCUAAACCAUUUGCAC